AUAAAUGGUGUUGCCACACCUUUCUUCUUCUCAUGUGCUUCCAAUUUAUUUUUUCACUUCAUUUCUCUUUGUUUAUUCCAUCUCAGUGAAGAUUAUUUUUUCUAAGAAUGCAAAAUGAUAAGUCUCUGAAGAAAGAAUUCUUCAAGAAAUGGAUAAUGGGUCUGCAAAUAUGCAGGUCUUCAAAAGAGAAAAUGAGCUUAUUGGAAAGGAAGAAAGCCAUAAAACUAUCAGCAGACUUAGCCAUGGCUUCCAUUAGAAAAGGUAAACGUUCAUGGAGUCGUGCCUUCAUCAACAAGGCCUCUAAAGAUAGCGAAACGCGAAGUUUAGCUAAGAAAAUCUUGGGUGACAAUGAAUCUGAUGAGUGUUUUUCAUCACAAGAAACAACAUUAUUGAUCACAAAGCAUAAAAUUACAAGAAUGAAUAUUAUUGGAAGUAAUUAUUAUAAGAAGUGUACUUCAAAGAAGAUAUGCAAAUAUGGUCCUAGGCAAUGUGGAGAGUCUAUAAGUUAUAAAAUGAGAGCUAAAUCAAUGGCAAAGAGAUUGGUGAAGAAAAGAACACAAAUAUUAAAAGGUUUAGUUCCUGGAGGAGAAUACAUGGAUGAAUACUCUUUGAUCAAUGAAACACUUGAUUAUAUUGUCUCACUACAAGCUCAAGUUGAUGUAAUGCAUCAUAUUGCAAACUCUCCUCAACUCUUUAUUCAUAAUUAAUUAGUAUCAUCGAUCAAAAAGUAUUAUAUAGCAAUUAGCAUAUAUAUAUGUGUUUAGGGUUAUUAAUUUAUUAGUUAUUUGGUUAUUAUUUAA